GGAGUCCCUCACCCAGGAAAGGGGAGCCAGAGGGACCGGGGUGGGGCUGGGCAGUGGAAGACAAGAGAGAUAGGCAGAGAGUCUGAAAGUACACUGCGCGCAUUGUUAUGGGUUUCUGACUCUUACACAUCUAUACUUCUGGGUUUCUGAAUGUAAAGAAAGAAGCCAAAAAAAAAAAAAAAAAACUCCGCAUAAGCUGCUAUGCUAAGCUAACACGGCCUUCGAAUUCCAAACUGAACACAGUUUGAUUCGGGUUUUUCAACAGUCGCAAGACCAGGCUGUCCGCGGGGAGGAAAGCCAGAGGGGGCCAAUUAGGAAGGAAGGAAUUAAAGGGAAGAAUAAAGGAAAGGAAAAAGCCCAGAUGGAAGGUCCAGCGGAGGGUGAAUGACAAGACUGGAGGAUGGCAGCCGGCGGCGGAGGUGGGGAGGCGGCUGCGCGGGAGACUGACAGGGACGGUGGCUCCCGGCUGGCGGCGGCGCGCCCCCGGGCUGUGAAUGCGACUCGCCCCUCGGCCGCGCUCCCCGCCCGCCCGCCCGCCGGGACGCGGUAGGGAAUGCCCAGCUCCACUGCGAUGGCAGUUGGCGCGCUGUCCAGUUCCCUCCUGCUCACCUGCUGCCUGAUGGUGGCCCUGUGCAGCCCGAGGAUCCCGCUGGAGAAGCUGGCCCAGGCGCCGGAGCGGCCGGGCCAGGAGAAGCGCGAGCACGCGUCUCGGGACGGCCCGGGGCGGGUGAGCGAGCUCGGGCGCCCGGCGAGGGACGAGGGCGGCGGCGGCGGCCGGGACUGGAAGGGCAAGAGCGGCCGCGGGCUGGCCGGCCGGGAGGCGUGGAGCAGGCAGAAGCAGGCCUGGGCCGCCCAGGGCGGGGGCGCCGGGGCCGGGGACCUGCAGGGGCGACCCCGCGGGGACACCCCGCACGAAGAGCCCCCGGCCGCCGCCUCCCAGGACGUGGCGGGUCCGGAGUCGGAGCCCACGCCUGAGCCGCCGGAGGAGUACGCGUACCCGGAUUACCGGGGCAAGGGCUGCGUGGACGAGAGCGGCUUCGUGUACGCGAUCGGGGAGAAGUUUGCUCCGGGACCCUCGGCCUGCCCCUGCCUGUGCACCGAGGAGGGACCGCUGUGUGCACAGCCCGAGUGCCCGCGGCUGCACCCGCGCUGCAUCCACGUUGACACCAGCCAGUGCUGCCCGCAGUGCAAGGAGAGGAAGAACUACUGCGAGUUCCGGGGCAAGACCUACCAGACCCUGGAGGAGUUCGUGGUGUCGCCGUGCGAGCGGUGCCGCUGCGAGGCCAGCGGGGAAGUGCUGUGCGCGGUGUCCGCGUGUCCACAGACCGAGUGCGUGGACCCCGUGUACGAGCCGGACCAGUGCUGCCCCAUCUGCAAAAACGGCCCAAACUGCUUUGCGGAGACCGCUGUCAUCCCUGCCGGGAGAGAGGUGAAGACGGAUGAGUGCACCAUCUGUCACUGCACCUACGAGGAGGGGACGUGGCGCAUCGAGCGCCAGGCCAUGUGCACCAGACAUGAGUGCAGGCAGAUGUAGGGCCGGCCGCCCGCGCCUCAGCGUCUGCGGGAGUACUGCCCCAGCCGGGACUUCUGGGCGACUCUGGGAGGCACCGGCUAAACACAUAAGACUUUCGAUGAGGAAUCGUGAAAACUGUUGGUCCUUUUGCUUUCUAUCACAAAGACUGCAAGAGAAAGAACUGGACGUAUUUCAAAACAUCCACAAGAACUUUGGGCAAAAAAAAAAAAAAAAAAAAAUUCCG